GCUGUUGUACCACAGACGCGAGCAUUAGCCGGAAGCAAGGUGGCGUCCAGAGACAUUCCGUGAGGUCGUCGUUUUGGAGGCUACCGUCAGCAAUCGUUGUCGUGGAGAUUCCCGGGCAUACGCCCUAGAGAGUCGUCUCAGGAUACACUGCUGGGACGACUCAAUAGGCUGCGAAGUUGCGCACACAGGCAAUCGGCCCCGGCAGCAUUUGUUCCUGGUUCCUGGUAGCGGCAUCGGUGGCGGCAACCCCACUUUCUGGACGAACACAGGCACGUGUGUUCGUGCAGCACUUCCCUUUAUUGCUCUGCCUCGGGUAAAGCGAAAGCAGUGUGGCAACACAAAAUGCGGCUGGACCUUGAUGGGCUGGAUGUCUUCUUCCCGUAUGACUUCAUGUAUCCAGAGCAGUAUGACUACAUGCUCGAGCUAAAGAGAUCCCUGGAUGCUAAAGGUCACUGCUUGCUAGAGAUGCCCACAGGCACCGGGAAGACCGUCUGCCUGAUCUCUCUCAUCACCUCCUACCAGUUUGCCCACCCGGAGGUGGGCAAGCUCAUCUACUGCACCCGUACGGUGCCCGAGAUGAUGAAGUGUAUCGAGGAGCUGAAGAGAGUCAUCGGGUACAGGAAGGACCAGCUUGGACCGGAAGGGGAGAAGGUGCUAGCGCUAUGCCUGAGCUCCCGUCGAAACCUGUGUAUUCACGAAAGAGUGAUCGAGGAGAGCGACAGGGAGGCUGUCGACGGGGCUUGCCGAGAUAUGACCGCCAGCUGGGUCAGGAAGAAGGCGGAAGCAGGAGGCGGAGGGGAGCUGUGCGAGUUCUUUGAGGGCUACUCCGCGAACGGCAGCGACGCCGCGAUGCCGAACGGGAUCUACAGCCUCGACGACCUCAAGGAGUUCGGCAAGGAGAAGGGCUGGUGCCCUUACUUCUUGGCUAGGCACAUCAUCAACCACGCCAACGUUCUGGUGUACAACUACCAGUACAUGCUGGACCCGAAGGUUGCCGGCAUGGUGUCCCGCGAGCUCGAGGCGGAGAGCGUGGUGGUCUUCGACGAGGCCCACAACAUCGACAACGUGUGCACGGAGGCUCUCAGCGUCGACCUCGACAAGCGGAGCCUCGAUGCCGCUUCCAGAUGUCUCGGGAAGAUUUCAUCCAAGGUGGCCGAGAUGAAACGAACGGACCAAGCAAGGCUCAACGCGGAGUACCAACGCCUGGUCAGCGGCCUCGCAGACUCGGGCUUGGGCCGAGCGAGCGGGGGCGUAGCCGGCAGCGCCGCGGGCGCGGGAGGUGCCGCCGCUGCUGGCGGCGGCGGCGGCGGAGCAGGGGGGGCGGGGGCUAGCGCCACCGCCGCCGGCGGUGCGAUGGAGGUGGCAGCGGCGGCGGACGCGAUUCCGGCUAACCCGGCGCUUCCCGCCGACAUCUUGCAGGAAGCGGUGCCCGCGGCGGCGGACGCGAUUCCGGCUAACCCGGCGCUUCCCGCCGACAUCUUGCAGGAAGCGGUGCCCGGUAACAUCCGGAGGGCGGAGCACUUCGUGUCGUUCAUGCGAAAGGUCGUGGAGCACUUCAAGACGCGCGUGCGCGUGCAGAGCGUCGAGUCGGAGACUCCCCUGGCGUUUGUCCACCGCAUGCACCAGGUCACGGCGCUGGAGAGGAAGCCGCUCAAGUUCGCCUACUCCCGACUGAACUCGCUCCUGCGAACGUUGGAGGUCACGGGGCUGGACGACUUCCGCCCCCUUGUCGACGUGGCCGACUUCGCUACAUUGGUCGGAACGUACACGGAAGGGUUUGCGGUGGUGAUAGAGCCUACGGGAAGCGUGGUCCCCGGUGUCUACGAGCCAGUGAUGCGGCUGGCGUGCCUCGACGCGUCCCUGGCUAUCCGGCCCGUCUUCGAGCGCUUCGCUUCGGUGGUGAUCACGUCGGGAACCCUGUCUCCUCUCGACCUGUACCCCAAGCUGCUGGGUUUCAGCCCCGUGGUUCGGACGGCGUUGUCGAUGUCCACCGUGCGGAAGUGCAUCUGUCCCCUGGUCGUCACGAGGGGGUCGGAUCAGCUUCCUAUGAGCACCAAGUUCGACCAGAGAGAUGACCCGUCUGUCGUCAGAAACUACGGUGCUCUGACGAUCGAGCUGGCUGCGAUCGUUCCGGAUGGCAUUGUCUGCUUCUUCACCAGUUACAGCUACAUGGAAAUGAUCGUGUCGAAGUGGGACGAGCUUGGCGUGCUGAAGAGGGUCCUCGAAAAGAAGCUAAUCUUCAUCGAGACAAAGGACGUGGUGGAGACGACGCUUGCUCUGGACAACUUCAAGCGUGCGUGCGACUGCGGGAGAGGGGCGAUUUUUCUUUCCGUCGCCAGGGGAAAGGUAGCGGAGGGUAUCGAUUUCGACCGGCAUUACGGCCGUGCCGUGGUGAUGUUCGGUGUGCCCUUUCAGUACACCCUUAGCCACGUGCUGAGGGCAAGGCUGGAGUAUUUGAGGUCUACCUUUCAGAUUCGGGAGGGGGACUUCUUGACCUUCGACGCCAUCCGGCAGUGCGCGCAGUGCAUCGGGCGCGUCAUCCGCAGCAAGACGGACUACGGCCUGGUCAUCCUCGCCGACUCCCGUUACAACCGGCACGACAAGAGAUCUAAGUUGCCGGGAUGGGUUCUGCAGUUCCUUGAUGAGACCCACCUCAACAUGUCGGCGGACAACGCGGCGGCGAUGGCGAGGAUGUUCCUCAAGGACAUGGCCCAGCCGCUGGACCCUCUCCGACUCAAGGGCACCAUGCUGGACACCAAGAAAGUGGCAGCCAGAAAUCGCGAAAAGACCGGGAAAGCGCAAAGAAAUCCCUCGGAGCUGAACCCGUCGGCCGCGGCGGCGGCGGCGGGGGGCGUGGGCGCGGUGGAUGGAAUGGAGGUCGAGUAGUUGUGCGGGGAGGCGAUGGUGCGGUCACUUGCAGUGCGGCUGUGCCGGGGGGGGCAGUCGUUGUGUAUGGGUGAUCGUUUUUUCAAGGCCGCUCGGGGGACGCUGGAACCUUACUGGAAGCAGUUACAACUUCUGCGUGGUCGCUUGAGUGUGAGGUGGACGUGCAUGCAUGCAAGAGAGUAGGCAGAGAUGUGUCCCUGAGAGAAGUGGGGUGUGUGUGAAUUGUGUGCAUGGUAACCUUUUUUCCGUCUUGUAGUGUUAUAUGCUACACCUCCUCGAAUCACGUUGUUUUCUUGAAUUGUGUGUCCGACGCGCGGGCACCUUUUCGGGCGUGUUCCCUUGUUCGUAUCCGGCUGUCGUUCAGUCGUCGACAACUAUGGCUUCUUUUUGCCGCGCCUACGGGAGCUUUGUACUUGAGGGAAUCGACCGGUGGUGCAAGCUUUUUCGAA